AUGCAGUCAGGAAUUGCAGUCUCGUCCGAGCUGCAUAAUGCGUUCAAUGACUUCUCCUCGGACUCCUCCAUCUUCUGUCUCCCUGUAACCAUCACAGCAGAGAGCCUGACCCCCUCUCCCCUAUCCGCUUCUCCCCCCGGCGCAUUCUACCCUCCCUCACGCAACUCUCUCGGGUUCCUCGUCCCUCUGCGCAUUGACAUACAUUCCCUCCAAUGCCCCGUGCGCGCCAAGACGCUCUUCGCCUCAACCCGUGCCACGCUGGUGCGAGAACUAGGCAGCGAGAAGUUUGCGACUACGAUCUUUGCAACGGAGGAGGAAGAAGUCACCAGCGAGGAUGCGUGGCGCGAGAGGGAUGCAGAGAAGAAGGGUUCUGGUGGCAAGGGAGAUUUCAGACGGGAGGAUCUGAUGGGGGACAAGGAGCGUGAGCUGGAGGCUGUGCGGAGAGCGGAGGAGGAGGCUAGAAGCGGUACUCCUGGUAGGGAUAUCGGGAUUGGUGGAUCGUUCGCGAGAGGUGGUUUUGGGUCUGGUGUGCAGUCUGGGAUGCGGAUGACCGUGGACGAUGAUGUGAAGGCUGCUCUUGAAGGACUACAGGACGGUUGGCUGGUGCAACUGGCCAUCGACAUCCCGUCGGAAACGUUCAAGCUCGCUGCUGCAGAGUCCGGUAUUGACGCGAACUCCGUCCAGACGCACAUCUCUUCAUCCUCGCCUCGGUACACUUUCUACCACUAUCCCGAAACCGAUACCAUUUUCUUCAUUUAUACCUGCCCGUCAGGCUCGUCGAUCAAGGAGCGCAUGCUUUAUGCAAGCUCUCGGAUGUAUGCCCUUCGUGUAGCUGAUGAACAGGGCCUGAAGAUUUCCAAGAAGAUCGAGGCAUCUUCUCCUGACGAGAUCUCAGGAGACAGAUUGCAGGAGGAGGUCCAGCCCCAACAGAAUGAUGGGCUGAGACGAGGAUUCGCCAGACCUAAGCGGCCUGGAAGGUAG